CUCUCUCUGUAACAAAAUCCCUUCGAUCAAGAAUAAUAAAAGUCUCAGCCGUGAUGCUCUUGAGAGCUCACCGUGGAUUAGUCUCGUUCUAAAUCAAGAACGGGGAUACCACGUAAAACUCGCUUGUCUCAUCGUUUUACUCUUUCCGCAAUCUGGAUUUCAUUAUGGUAUCAGAGCAAACCUCGGUCCAUUAGGUUUUGCGUCUCGUAUUCGUGUUUAGCUCAGCCGCCGACGUAUCCUCUCCUUGUCGACGGGAAUCAUGGGCGAUGAAUCACCAUCAAACACAAAGAACGUGAAGGGCGUCGAGACCCUGCAGGCGGACGUGAUUCUCCCAUCGUCCCCUCUCUUCCUGCAUCCUUCUGACGCCCCCAGCCAGGUCUUCGUCGGGGAUUUGCUCACUGACCUCAAUUACAGUGAGUGGUCUGCCGAAAUAUCUAAUGCCUUUCUUGCUAAGAACAAGCUGGACUUUGUUCUAGGUACUGUUCAGCGACCAGCAUCGGGAGAAUUGCUUGCUGCCUGGACGCGUUGCAACGCCAUGGUCGUUGGGUGGUUGCGCAGCGCCAUGAGCCGCGAAAUUCGCAGCAGUCUCAGCACGAGUUUCACGGCAAAGGAAAUAUGGGAUGAACUGAAAGAACGCUUCACCACCGGGAAUCUACCACGCCGUUACAAGCUUCGUCGGGAGAUCACCUCGCUCCGCCAAGACAAGCUAAAUGUUGCCUCAUUCUAUGCAAAAUUGAAGAGGCUUUGGGAUGAUUGGUUCACGCUCGACCCGCCAGCAAAAUGUACAUGUGGCAAGUGUGAGUGCGAUGUCGAACGUCGCACACGAGCUUCCCAGGAGGACAUGCGCUUCUUGGACUUUCUGCUAGGGCUCGACGAUGGAUUCUCGGUUGUUCGCACACAGCUUCUCUCUAUGAAGCCCACCCCUAGUCUUGGUGAAGCGUACCACAUGGUAGCUAACGACGAGCAGCAGCGCCUUCUCACCGACUCACGUCCUCGCAUUGAAGCUGCCGCCUUUCAAGGCAAGGGGGAGCAAGGUCGACGUGAGGAUACUCACACUGAGGGACGAGAACGCACUGAAGAGGGACGUCCCUAUUGCACUCAUUGUCAAAAACCGGGCCAUUUCAAGGCCACGUGUUAUGAAAUCCAUGGCUGGCCGACCCGACAGCCCGGUGACAGGCCUCGACGUCGUGGGAAAUCUGGCCGCGAUCCUCAAGCUGCUGCAGCUGAAAGUGAACCAAGUUCCAUCCCCGGUCUCUCCGCAGCCCAAGUCGCACAGCUUCGUGCCUUCCUCGAGUCCGACACUAAACCCACCGCAAGCAUGGCAGUGAACAUGUCAGGUACGCAAUCGUUUCGCUCUCAAUCACCUACUAUGAGUCCUUGGAUUAUUUAUUCCGGUUGCAACGAGCAUAUAGUGAAUGAUAACUCUUUAUUUGUGGGCGAGAUCAAAACGGACUCACAAUUGCAGGUCAGGAUCCCUAAUGGCAAAGGGGUCCCGGUACAUGGUAUAGGAAUCACACAGUUAUCUAACGGACUGGUUCUACGCCGUGUUUUACAUGUCCCGGACUUUCAGUGCAACCUUUUGUCCGUUAGUCGACUUACUGCUGAUCAUUCGGUUGCCGUAGUCUUCUUAAAGAACUUCUGUGUAAUUCAGGACUUGUGCUCCAAGAAGCUGAUUGGGACGGGGACGUACCGUGACGGUUUAUAUUAUCUCAACGUUUUGGACGGUGGUCAUCCAGUGGCGUUGUCGGCAAGGGAAGCAAUCAACACAUCAGCACGUUGGCAUUCCAGACUCGGCCAUCCUGCUGAUUCGAAGUUAUUGGCGUUUCAGCCUUUUAUCUCUAGUACUUUAGUUUUGAACAAGGACCCAUGUGAUUCAUGUCUUCGGGCUAAGCAGACUCGUCUUCCUUUUGAGCAUAGCCAGAUUAAAACUACGUCAUGUUUUGAUCUUAUUCAUGUGGAUCUUUGGGGUGGAUAUCAUGAGACUUCUUUUACUGGAGCUCAUUAUUUCUUGACUAUUGUGGACGAUUUCAGUCGUGCAGUCUGGGUCUUCUUGUUGAAAUAUAAAUCCGAAGCAGCACGUUAUUUGUUGGUCUUCUUUAAUCAGGCUCGAACUCAGUAUGGGAAAUCAGUUCGUCGGAUUCAGACUGACAAUGGUCGUGAGUUCACUACUCCAGAGUUGCGUGAUUACUACGAGAAGGAAGGAGUUGUUUUACAAACCUCUUGUAUCAACACGCCACAACAAAAUGGGGUGGUGGAACGAAAACACCGCCAUCUCCUUGACACAGCUAGAGCUUUGCGAUUUCAUGCAGGCUUGCCUCUACGUUUUUGGGGUGAAUGUGUGUUGACUGCUGCAUAUUUAAUUAAUCGGAUGCCACUUGCUCCUCUCCAUGACAAGAGCCCAUAUCAAGUGCUGUUCGAUGUGCCACCUAAGUAUGAUCACCUGCGUACCCUCGGCUGCCUCGUAUACGCCAAGGACACUCACCACCACCUUGACAAAUUUGCGGCACGGGGGCGACCAGGCAUCUUUAUUGGGUAUCCUGCAACUCAAAAAGGAUACCGUAUCUAUGAUCUCGAGAAGAAACAAAUCUACACUUCCCGGGAUGUGGUCUUCGUUGAACAUGUUUUUCCUUACAAAGAGUCUUCACUAUCUAGCCACUCAUCAUUGGCUGGUGCACAUGAUCUCACACUCUCUCCUGAUGGUAGUGUACCUGCCCGCCUUAUUGAUGAUGAUGAGGAGUUGUUUGGCCCUCAGUCUACACCUGCCAAUGACUCUCCAUUAAGUCCAACUCCCAAUAUCAUCAAUUCCACCACGGAACACUCGUCCCCAUCUCCAUCUUUGGAUGCUGCCUCUCCUGGAGACACUAGCUCCUCGGUGCCCACAACUUCACCGGCACCAGCGGACGUACCUCCUCUGCGGCGUAGCGAUCGCACGCGGCAGCUACCCAAGGCUCUUGACGUCUAUGACGUUCAGCUCCCAGGCCAAUCACAGGGUAACCAUGUCCUAUAUCCCAUGGCUAACCACGUGAGCUAUCAUAGGCUCUCACCAGCUCAUCGUGCUUUCAUUGCUAACGUCACCAACACCAUUGAGCCUCGCUACUAUCAUCAAGCAGUCUGCUUCCAGCAUUGGCGACUUGCUAUGCAAGCCGAGAUCACAGCGCUAGAAGCUAAUCAUACUUGGACGCUCACCUAUCUACCUCCCGGUAAGCGUGCCAUUGAGUCAAAGUGGGUCUUCAAGGUCAAGUACAAACCGGAUGGCUCGAUUGAACGCUAUAAAGCACGUCUCGUUGCUAAGGGUUUUACUCGGGUAGAAGGCAUUGACUAUCAUGAUACUUUUGCUCCUGUUGCAAAGCUCGUUACCGUCAGGUGUUUACUCGCAGUGGCUGUUACUAAGAACUGGUUUAUUCACCAGCUGGACGUUAAUAAUGCUUUUCUGCAUGGUGAUCUCCAUGAGGAAGUAUACAUGAAGGUUCCCCAAGGCUUCGGUAAACCCGGUGACACACGAGUUUGCAAGUUACAUAAGUCGAUCUAUGGUUUGAAACAGGCUUCUCGCAACUGGUAUCAAAAGUUCUCUGCGGCAUUGGUACAACUUGGCUUCCGCCAGAGCCAUGCCGAUCCAUCACUUUUUAUCUAUCACACGUCAACCUCCUGUGUGGUGGCCCUUAUCUACGUUGACGAUGUCAUCUUAGCCGGAGAUAACUUAGCAUUUAUUCAGCGUGUUAAGUCCUCACUCCAUUCUCAGUUUACCAUCAAGGAUCUUGGUCCACUCAAGUACUUUCUGGGAAUAGAGGUAGCUCGCUCACCGAAAGGCGUCGUUCUCAAUCAGCGGAAGUAUGUUCUCGAUAUUCUUGCCGACUCGGGUCUCCCUGCCACUCGUCCGUGUGCAUCACCGAUCGAGCAAAAUCAUCAACUUGGGCGUCUUGAGUCACCUCCUGCACCUGAUCCCUCUGCUUUUCGGCGUCUGGUUGGCCGCCUCCUCUAUCUCACCGUCACCCGGCCUGACAUCACUUAUUCAGUCAACCUGCUUAGCCAGGCGGUUCAUGCUCCGACUCAAGCUCAUCUCGAUGCUGCUCAUCGCAUCCUUCGCUACUUGAAGAGCUCGCCCGGCCGAGGGUUGUUUUUCCCUUCGCAGAAUCCUCUGAUCUUGACAGGUUACUGCGAUGCCGACUGGGGUGGCUGUCCUACCACCCGUCGCUCUACUACAGGUUACUUCAUUCGUUUGGGAGCUUCACCCGUGUCUUGGCGUACCAAGAAACAAACUGUAGUGGCUCGUUCUUCCGCAGAGGCCGAAUAUCGUGCUAUGGCUAGCACCGUUAGUGAGAUUAUUUGGCUUCGGUGGCUUCUGAGUGAACUUGGUGCACCUCAGCAGGGUCCGACUCCACUCUUUUGCGACAGUCAGGCAGCUUUACAUAUUGCGGCUAAUCCCGUCUUCCACGAACGAACUAAGCAUGUCGAGAUGGACUGCCAUUUUGUUCGUGAGCGAGUCCAAUCCCGUGAUAUUGCCCCGCAAAAGAUCUCCUCCCCUGAGAAGCCUGCGGAUUUGUUUACAAAGGGGCUUGGUGUUGAUUCGUUCCAGCAUCUCCUUUCCAAGCUUGGCACGUAUGAUCUCCAUGCCUCCGCUUGAGGGGGAGUAUUGUGAACUGUCUUUCACCCAUUGGUCCGGGUGUUCCCUAGUCCAUGUCAUUCUCUUAUUAAUGUUACUUACCUCUCACGUAACCUAUGGAGAAAGUGAUUAGGGUUGUCAAUUCAUAUAUAUAUAUAGGCCUGUAACUUGCAGUCGGCCAUAACUCUCUCUGUAACAAAAUCCCUUCGAUCAAGAAUAAUAAAAGUCUCAGCCGUGAUGCUCUUGAGAGCUCACCGUGGAUUAGUCUCGUUCUAAAUCAAGAACGGGGAUACCACGUAAAACUCGCUUGUCUCAUCGUUUUACUCUUUCCGCAAUCUGGAUUUCAUUAUGAUUUGAUGGGGUUGUAUAGAUUCACGAGAUAACGGGAUUCUUCUACCAGUCCCAAUUGCAUUCGUAUAACCAUUGUUACAACUUACAAGAUUAUCUUAAUUAUUUAUUGAUCAAUACUCGAUUUUGGUUCGAAUUUUGGUUUAAGUGUCAAUUUUUAAAUAAAUUUUUAAAUAAUAU